AUGACUAAAGAAGACGAAAGAGGGGCGCAGAAGCAAAACGUUAUCGAGGAGGCCGUCAUUGAGAUGGUUAGCGCGGAAGCUUGGUCUAGGCUGUGCAACCUGAAGGCAGUUGACUUGGAGAGGUAUUACAAAAUAGAGCAGCUUUUGUACAAGGUGUACAUUUCUCGAAAUGCGCAGAAAAUCUCAGACAAGGAGUUUCUGAGCAUAAUGCAGAGCACAGAGAAGCCGAAGCAAACAUUCGUGUACAGAACCCGGGUCGACCUUAUGGACGAUUUGGACUGA